CACAUGUUGAUGACUUGAUGGUAGCUUUCCCUUUAAAAAUUACGACUUUUGAGAAUUUGCUUUAGAUUCAAGCAAUUUUGAGGAGAUAAUAACACUGAAUGAGCAAGAUGCCUGCAAGGAAACGUAGUAGAAACGACUCAACCGGGACUGCCAGCAAUCAAGGUGAAGAGAGUGCUACAAGUUCACCAGCUAGACCUGCAGAUGCCGCACCACCCACAGCACGACGUAGAGUUGGGGAAACAUCAUCUCCAGCUCCUCUCCCCCCAACUUCCCCCGCUACUGAUCAAGCGGAGGGUUUGUCUUCCCCACAACCUAUGCCUCCGAGCGAAAUUGACAUGAGUUCACCAUUGAAUUAUGGUACGCCCAGUUCAAGGAUUGCGAAUACACCACGAGGAACCCCCGUUGGUACACCAGUCAGACAUCGCAGUGAUAUUCGUAGCAACCGUAAAGUGAGACAAGUUGCAAUUGGGGAACAAACAUCCACAGAUAUUUCAACUGAGCCACCAGCAGCAGCACCGACCAGUGACAGCACAGCUGGCCCAAGACUGGUGAUCUGGGGUACAGAUGUUGUUGUGCAGGAAACACAAGACAAAUUUAAGAGAUUUCUGCAGCAAUUUAUUGAUGAAAAUGCAGAGGGUAUGGGCGAUGAUUUUGUCCCAAAUGACCCACUCUAUAUGCAGAAACUGGAAGAGAUUCAUGUGUUGGAGCAACCGUUCCUAAAUGUUGACUGCAGUCAUAUCAAAGCAUUUGAUGCAGAAUUAUACAGACAACUUGUAGCCUACCCACAAGAAGUCAUACCAACAUUUGAUAUGGCUGUCAAUGAAAUAUUCUUCACAAAAUAUACUGAUGCUGAGCUGGAGCAUCAGAUCCAGGUCAGGACUUAUAAUGUGGAUCAAACCAAGAAUCUUCGAUCUCUCAAUCCUGAAGAUAUUGAUAAUCUGAUUUCUAUCAAUGGAAUGGUUGUAAGAACUUCUAAUAUCAUCCCAGAAAUGAGAGAAGCUUUCUUCAGAUGUUAUGUUUGCCAUGCUACAACAACAUCAGAGAUUGACCGUGGCAGGAUAUCAGAACCAGCGUUGUGUUCAAACUGUAACACUAAUCACAGUUAUGCCCUGGUGCAUAAUAGAUCACAAUACACUGAUUUGCAGAUUGUCAAACUACAAGAGUCGCCUGAUGACAUGCCACCAGGGCAAACUCCAUACACAAUCACACUUUAUGCUCACAAUCAACUGGUUGACACAGUUCAGCCUGGCGAUCGGAUCACCGUGACAGGAAUAUAUCGGGCGACUCCUGUGAGAAUGAAUCCUCGUCACAGGAACAUUAAGGCAGUUUAUAAAGUGCAUAUUGACGUCGUUCACUUCAGAAAGUCAGACAAAAAACGUCUUCAUGAAAGCGACCCUGACAGCACUGUAAGAUUCACCCAGGAAAGAAUCGAUAGACUCCAGGAAAUCUCGGAAAUGCCUGACAUCUAUGAAAGACUGUCAAAGGCCUUAGCUCCAAGUAUCUACGAAAAUGAGGAUAUCAAAAAAGGAAUUUUAUGUCAACUGUUUGGAGGGACGACCAAGGAUUUCUCGCACGCGGGACGCGGCAACUUUAGAGCUGAUAUCAAUAUUCUACUUUGUGGUGAUCCUGGCACCAGUAAAUCUCAGUUGUUACAGUAUGUUCACAACUUGGUCCCGCGUGGUCAGUACACGUCAGGCAAAGGAUCUUCAGCUGUGGGUUUGACGGCGUAUGUUACAAGAGAUCCUGAGACAAGACAGUUGGUUCUACAAACCGGAGCAUUGGUCCUCAGUGAUAAUGGUAUUUGCUGUAUCGAUGAAUUUGAUAAAAUGAACGACAAUACUCGAUCAAUUCUUCAUGAAGUUAUGGAGCAACAAACAUUGUCCAUUGCGAAAGCUGGUAUCAUUUGUCAGUUGAAUGCCCGAACGUCCAUUUUAGCCGCGGCAAAUCCUGUUAGAUCCCAGUGGGAUACGAGAUUGACGACUGUGGAAAACAUCCAGUUACCUCACACUUUACUAUCCAGAUUUGAUUUAAUCUUCCUGAUGCUGGAUCCUCAAGACGAGGCUUAUGACCGCCGCCUGGCGAAACAUUUAGUUUCUCUCUACCAUCAAACACCUGAGCAGGAGGAAGAGGAAUUGGUGGACAUGAGUAUUCUUAAGGAUUAUAUCGCAUAUGCUCGAACUCACAUUCAACCGAAACUGAGCGAGGAGGCGUCACAACGCCUGAUUCAAUCAUAUAUCGAAAUGCGCAAAGUUGGUAGCAGUCGUGGAGCAGUUUCUGCUUAUCCUCGACAAUUGGAGUCUCUGAUACGACUUGCUGAAGCACAUGCUAAGAUGAGAUUCUCAAAUAUCGUUGAGAAGAUUGAUGUUGACGAAGCACGCAGGUUACACCGUGAAGCUCUCAAACAGUCAGCCACUGAUCCGAAGACUGGCCUGAUUGAUGUGAAUAUUUUAGCAACUGGAUUGAGCAUCUCUGAUCGAGAAAGACGAGUAGAGAUUGCUAAAGCUUUGAAGACUAUGAUCCAGUCUAAAGGACGAGCACCAAAUAUGGACGCUCAACGAUUGUUCGAAGAUUUCCGAGAAACAUCUGAUGUGCCUGUAACACGAGAUCAGUUUGACGAUGCUCUACGUCAUUUGAAAGACGAAGAUUUUCUUAUUGUGACUGGCAGAACUGUUCGCAUCAUAUCAUAAGCUUCUUCUGCUCUGUUUUAGACGAAGAGAGAUGUUUGGUAUCUGAAUUAUUAUGUCUUGCAAUAUUUACGUAGAUUAAUAUUCAUUCAUUAGACUGAUUAGUAAUUAACCCGCAGCGCGCGCACACUCGAGCUUUUUGCGCAAUUAGAAACGUCAUCAAUGAAUUUUUUAGAAAAGAUUUUUUUUUAAGAGUUAUCAAUUCCUCACUCGUUCAUUAAAAUAUUUUUAUUGAA